AUGGCCAAUUUCGUCCUGCUAGCCGCAUCGCUCCUUCUCAACUCAUGUUACGCGCAAGACUGUCAAGGCCCCAUCAAUGCUAUCGAAAGCGGCAACCACCACUUCAACUCGACCGGCACAGCCCGCCUACCCUCGAACCCAAUACACGAUGACGACUGGUAUGUCAGUGUCACUAUAACCGAUAGACGCAAUCCUCGUCACAUCUAUGGCCCUAGCAUGCCCUGGCAAGAGAGAGAAGCAUUUCUUAGUGUUCCCGAUUCUCUGGUUGGGAGUCAAGAUGGCAAUCAGACGCAGUACUGCGUCUACGAACUCCCGGGACAAGAUGCUUCUUCGCAACAAGACGCUGGAGACUGCAGCGGCGUGCUGAGCGACGACUGCAUUGACGCCUUGACGAGGAACACACCGGUCAUGUCGGAUGGCCGAUGUCAUAAGCCAGAGAAUGUGGAAGACGCCUGUGGGAUGGUCGCGUCGCAGCCAGUAGGUACUCCAUCGAACUUCAACAGUACCAAAUGUAGUCUGUCCGAGAUGCCGCAUGUCGACCUACCGGACAAUUAUCGCACUUACUACGCCCACUACGUGCCUGUGUCUGAAGGCGGAGGCGGUUACGAGAACUUCGACCUUUAUGAUAAGCACGUUCGCGAAGCAGUGCCCAUGAUAUUCACCAUCAAGUCUCCCGGUAGUACCAUCGCUCACAAGGUCGUCUGUGUAGCACCAAACAACGUCGUUGAUGGCAGCCGUGUUCCAGAAUCUGCUGCUGCUCAGUUAACCUCCCAGACUUCACUAGCAGCAGCACUCGCUGUUAUGGCUCUUGUAUCUGUUUUCUCCAUAGCCUGA